UACUUUCUCUUCUUUUUUUUUUUUUUUUCAUUCAACAUAAUUUUUUGUGUGAAUUUUUAAUUUUUAUUUGAUGGGUUUCUUUGGAUGAACUUCAAACGCUGGCCAGCUUCUCAUUGAAGCAAAGGUUUGAAAGAGGGGGAACGUGCUACAUGGGUGAACACAACCUAUGAGAAAGAUUCGGUUUUUACUAUUUUUUUGAGGUGGGGUGGCAGUGGAUCAUUGAGCUGUUAGAGGAAUUCUGUUUAUUUAUAUUUUCCAUUUACUUUGGAGGUGUGUUUAUGUUGGAACGAUGAUUCAGGGGAGGUGGGUUUGUUGUUGGAUUUAAAGAGUCUUUAUUUCUAAUUCUUGGUAUGUAUUGAAAUGAGGGACUUGGUUAUAGUUUAAGGUUGCAGCAUGAGUUGCAGAGAAAGGAAGAAAGGGGAAAGAGAAGAGAAGGAAUAUGAGAACAGUUCUGUUGGAUUGAAAUCAAAAUCAGUGAGGCAAAGCAUUGGUUCAAUAGAAGAUGAACCGCUAACAAUUGAUGAAAGUCUUCUGAUUGACCCCAAGCUAUUGUUUAUUGGGUCAAAAAUUGGCGAGGGAGCUCAUGGGAGAGUUUAUGAAGGAAGGUACAGAGAACGGAUUGUUGCUAUCAAAGUUCUGCAUCGUGGGAGCACUUUAGAAGAAAGAGUUUCAUUGGAGAAUCGUUUUGCUCGGGAAGUUAAUAUGAUGUCUCGUGUCCACCAUGAGAAUCUUGUUAAGUUUAUUGGAGCUUGUAAAGAUCCUCUGAUGGUGAUUGUUACAGAGAUGUUACCUGGGUUGUCACUGCGAAGAUAUCUGAUCGCCAUACGCCCUAAACAAUUAGAGCUUUAUGUGGCUAUAAAGUUUGCUCUUGAUAUUGCUCUGGCCAUGGAUUGGUUACAUGCCAAUGGAAUCAUACAUAGAGAUCUGAAGCCUGACAAUCUGCUGCUCACGGAAAACCAGAAGUCAGUUAAACUUGCUGAUUUUGGCUUGGCAAGAGAAGAAUCUGUGACUGAAAUGAUGACUGCAGAAACUGGAACUUACCGUUGGAUGGCGCCUGAGUUGUACAGUACAGUGACAUUGCGUCAAGGGGAGAAAAAGCAUUACAACAAUAAGGUUGAUGUCUACAGCUUUGGAAUUGUUUUGUGGGAGCUACUAACAAAUCGCAUGCCUUUUGAAGGAAUGUCCAAUUUACAGGCUGCUUAUGCUGCUGCAUUUAAGCAAGAGAGGCCUAACCUUCCUGAAGACAUAUCUCCUGAUCUUGCCUUCGUAAUUCAAUCAUGCUGGGUUGAAGAUCCUAACAUGAGACCAAGCUUCAGUCAGAUUAUCCGGAUGCUCAAUAAGUUCAUCCUCACUCUCCAACCACCACCAUUUUCAGCACAAGCACAACCUGAAGUGGACGACGAACCCGAGGCCGUGACAAGUAAUGGCACCAUAACUGACUUUUCUACGCGAAAUAAAGUUAAGUUUUCUUUUAUUCGCCACCUUUUUUCUUCAAAGAGAACCAAAAGCUGAUAGUAUGAGUUGUAAAUUUGGAGAACCCUCCUUUUGCUGUAGAUAAAAGAGUUCUUCUCACAGUACUUUAUACAGUUUAAUGCAUUUACAAGUAAUUAUAUCUAGGGUGACAACUACAGGGAUGUAACAUGUCCAACAGAAGUGUAGAAUAUGAUGAUAAACUUUUGAAAGAGUAAGGAAAAAUAAAGGUUUGUUUAUAUUAUGCAGUU